AUGCUGUGGCUGCUUCUCGGAUCACGCCGCACUGGCACUGGCUCGUCACUCCGCGCGCCAGUCGCGGUUGCGGCAGCAACAAGUCCGCUGCGAGCCGUCCUCACCACAGAGUGGCAGCUUGGCGAGUCGAGCGAGGCCGGAGUCAGCGUGCAGCGGCUCUACGACCUGAUCCAACCACCGGACGAGGACGCCUUCUUCGACGAGAUCGACGCUCUCGAGGAGGAGGGAUGGCUGACGAUCCGCAACGGCAGUGGCGACGACGACGACCUCCUCUUCCCCCGGCACGGCGAGUACGACUACGCCGCGGAGGCGGCGGCGGUCGAGGCUGUGGCGGACGAGAAGGAGAUCGCGGCGCUGGACGCAGCCUGCGCGCGCCUGGAGCAGGACCCGCGGCUCGAGGGCGCGUGGGAGCAGGCGUGUGUGGGCUGCACUUCGGCCGACUUCAACACGCGCAAGGGGCUGACGGGCUUGGGCGGCGCGCCCUUCACCUCGCCGGCCGCGCUCUUCUACUGCUACGACGGCGGCGCGGUCUGCGCUAAGGAGGUGCUGCGCCUGUUCGGGCGGCCGGAGCGGUUCGGCGACGCAGACCUCGGAGGCCAGCGCAGCUCCAAGGAGUUUGCCGGCGCGACGGCGACGACGAGGCCCAUCUCCAUCACGGGCGACGUCGCUUCUCUCCAUUGUGAACGAGCUCUAUCGACCAUUAGGCACGUCUGCAUCACCGCCGACGGCGCGGUGCGAGUCGCAAAGGUGGACGCGGCGGCCGGCGUCGGCGCGGGAGGCUACCUAGUGUACAAGCGGCUGGCGGCCGGGGAGAUGGAGGCGUGGCUCGAGAGCAAGCGGCUUCCGCUCGUUGGCGGGACGGUCCCCACGCUGUCGAUGGAGGAGAUGCGCGAGGCGUACCCGUACCUCGGGGAGGGGGAGGGGGCGGGCGGCGACGGCUUCGCGGGCAUCAAGCUGCCGUGGUCGUAG